AUGAGCAUAAACACAAAGCAUAGUUACAAGCUCUUAGUGAAAAAAGCCACAAAAAGAAGAAGAAGAAGACAACAACAAUAUCAUCAUCAACAACAACAACAACAAAAAAGAACUACCUCAUCAAUUGGCUCUUGCUCCCUCAAAUCCAAGUCCAAGCUCUCACAAAAACUGCAGGCACUCAAGAACCUAAUCCCUGCCCACAAUGGAAACAUAGUGAAAACUGAUCAAUUGUUCAAGGAAACUGCUGAUUACAUCGUUUUGUUGAAGACCCGGGUCGUGAUUCUUCAGAAGCUGGUAGAGUAUUAUGGGAACAACCCUGAGAAUGAAAAUGCUGUAUUGUUAUAG